AAUGUAAAAGUAAUGAUGUGCAAGACUUGGAUGAUUCUGUCUCUGCCAUUGGUUGUAAAUGGAUUCCUGUGGAAGUAUCAGAUGGAAUGCAAGCAAAAACAGAAAAGAUAAGAUCUUCUCUGAAGAAUGUGAAAAAAGAUACAGGAAAACUAGAGAAACUUAAAUACAAGCCACUCACUGGAAAGGUGUUUUACCUCGAUAUUCCAUCUAAUGUGAUCUCUGAAAAGAUAGGAAAGGACCUCAAAGAACUGGGAGGGAGAGUGGAGAGUUUUCUUAGUAAAGAUAUCAGCUAUCUGGUGUCUAAUAAAAAGGAGGCAAAAUUUGCACCAACUCUUGGUCAGAUUUCUCCUGUUCCUAGCCCAGAAUCUGCACGUAACGGAGGAAAUAGUUCACCUCUUCCUAGCAACCCAAAAGAUCGACAUGAUGGAAGUUCAUUUAAGGUACGUAUGAGCAGAGGAAAAUCCUUAGUUGAAAAAGCAAUCAAAGAGCAGGACUUAAUCCCCUCUGGUAGUAUACUGUCCAAUGCUUUGAGUUGGGGAGUGAAGAUACUUCAUAUUGAUGAUGUUAAGAAUUACAUUGAACAAAAGAAAAAGGAGCUCUACCUAAUCAAAAGAGCAGGCAGUUCUUUUAAAGAUGUGGGAAAACAAGUUACUGCUCCAAAGUCAAUAAGUAGACUGAAAAAUCCAUUUGUCAAGGUGGAAGACAGAAGUCGCCGCUACCGACCGUUUUAUCUGCAGUUACCCAGUUUUCCAGUUCUGAACUACUGUGUUCCAAAACCUUAUAGUCCAUUUGAGGUGGAUAAGAAGCAUCCUUCUGGUCAAAAGCAAACUCAGUCUAAGCAAAGAAACAAAAUAAAUAGUGACCAGGACUGUGGAACUCCUGUUCAGCUCCCUCAGAAGGACAAAAAAAAGAGAGGAUAUUGUGAAUGUUGUGGGAAGAAAUACGAAGAUCUGCAAACACAUCUUGAAAGUGAACAGCACCGAAAUUUUGCACAAAGCACACAGUAUCAAGUUGUUGAUGAUAUAAUCUCAAAGUUUGUUUAUGAGUUUGUUGAAUACAAGGAUGAUGCAAAAAAAAUAAAAAGGACAAAAUGUAGUACAGGAUAUUUUUCUCCUAUUAUUGGAAAGAUAACUAGACCAGAUGAGCUGAAAGAACGACUGAAAAAGCAACGCCUUUCAUUGAAAAGUUACUCGUGGAAGGAUACAGCAAUGCGGGCACUCAAACUGGACCGCCAGCCUGCAGAAGUACAGCCAAAUUCUGUGCCAGUACCUACACCUGUUUCUGGAUCUGUCUGUUCAGUUCUUUAUUGUCACCUGUCACAACCCUUGGAACUAAAAAAUAAGUUCAGAAAUAAUGAUGAAAAUAUUAAAACUGAUUGCUCCUGUGCUACGAACUUAAAAGAGACUGUUGUAUCAUCAAAUUUCAUACAACCACCCCCUCAGAAAGAUGACAAAGCAUGCAUAGAGAACUUGUCUCUUGCUUAUGAGCCCUUCAGUAAAGAAAUACUGGAACCAGAAGUAAAUAAAAAGAACAUCCAGUGUUUUCAGGAAGGCAUGUGUACUUCAUAUUCUCAUACUCAAGGUACAGAUUUUAGUGAAAAAGACAAAAACCUAUCACAGCCAAAACGAAAAUUAAAUAAUGCAGUAGUUCUACCAGCGAAGUGUUUGAAAAAAACAGAUGCCAAUCCUACAUUUGUCAAGAAAUAUCGUGAUUUAUGUGAUAAUCAUCAACAGAUGCAGCACGAUGUAGUUCUGGAGGCUGAGGUAUCUGAUACUGCUAUAAACAAAGAACUCAAUGAAUUGGCUGCCAGCACUGCACAUAGUUCACCGUCUGGAAAGCUGCGCAGAAAAGUGAAGCUUUACUUGGGGAGAAAUAAAAGAGAAACCUGGAAACAGAAUAUGGAGUUACGCGUGAAGUAUACAGAUGGACAGUCUGUUCCUGAAGAGAAGAGAAGUUCUUGUAGCUCACCAGUGCAGGCCCUACUGGAACUACUUCAGACAAGUGAAAUAAACUCAGGAUUUGGAGGUAUUUCAGGUUACACUGAGAAUAAAGAUUCAACUAGCAUAAAAGACAUGUGGGAAGGGCAGAAUACAAAUGUUACCUGGUCAUUAUUUUCCUCUUCAUCCUCGUCCGCAUUUGUUGGAUUUUAA